AUGGCACCGAUACGGCAUCGAUACAUAUCCGAUAUGCCAUCAACUAAAAGAGAAGAAGAAGAAGAAGAAGGAAGAAGGAAGAAUGAAGAAGAAAAGAACUUACUUGCGCUUGUAGCUGCUGCUAAUCUGCAGUUGCAAACAAUUGAUGGUUGCGAUGGAUCAGUGCUGCUUGAUGAUACUACCAACUUCAUCGGUGAGAAGACCGCCUUCCCAAAUCUGAAUUCGAUCCGGGGAUUCAACGUUGCAGCUCGUGAUUCUGUAUCCAUUCUUCUCUCUAACUUCCAAGCUCAUGGACUUAACCCGAAAGACUUGGUUGUGCUCUCAGCUGCCCACACCAUUGGACUUGCUCGGUGUACAACCUUCCGUGCCAGGAUUUACAAUGAUACCAACAUAGACCCCAAGUUUGCAGCCUCUGCAAAAUACAAUUGUCCAACAACUAGAGGAGAUAACAACACAAGGCCACUAGAUUCAACUACAAGGCGAUUCGAUAACGUCUACUUUAAGGCUUUGUUACAACAAAAGGGUCUCCUCCAUUCUGAUAAAGAGCUCUAUAAAAAUAAUGGUACAGAUAGUGAUAAGCUGGUGCUGAAGUACAGCAGGAACUCGGAAUCUUUUGAAGACUUUGCAAAUUCUAUGAUCAACAUGGGCAACAUCAAGCCUCUCACUGGGAAUAAUGGAGAAGUAAGACUCAACUGCCGGAAAAUCAAUUAG